AUGCUAUACUUAAUUGGCCUCAACUUUGCUUUACGCAGUGGCGUUGAACACAGAAUCUUCACAGUUGAUCAAAUUGAAAUUGGAGAAAAUGACCAGGGUGAGUUCAUACGCUACCAUGAAAUGGUCAGUAAAUGCAGUCAACGUGGUUUGAAGGACUACCAUGUUGCACCCAAAAGUGUUACUGCGUAUGCUAGUGAUGUAUCUGAUAAAUGCAUCGUCCACCUGUACCCGAAGUACCUCGGUCUUCGUCCUGCUGAUGCUCCUACAGCUUUAUACUUACGUCCACUUAGUAAACCCAGGCCUGAUCGAUGGUAUUCAGUGUCGCCAGUAGGAGAACAUACACUGAGUAAAACGGUGUCCAGAUUGUGCGCUGCUGCCGGAUUCAGUGGUUUCUACACAAAUCAUUCGUUGAGAGCAACGUGUGCGACGCGGCUGUUUCGCUCAGGUGUAGAUGAGCAGUUGAUUGCUAAAACAACCGGUCACAGGAGUAACGCCAUUCGCAACUACAAGCGUGUCUGUACUGAACAAGAGGCGACUAUGAGCAGGAUAGUGCAAGGGAAACCAAGAAAGCGACGAAGUGAAACGGCAUCCAUGUCAUCCAGUUCAUGCGAGAAAUCUAGAGCUUUACAAAAGACCAGUACCGAUGGUAUCAACAUCUGUCAACGUUACGGUCGCAAAAUGAAACUUUGUGUAUGUUCUGUGAAUAAAUACAUUCUGCAGUAUGCAUUGCUUGCAUGUAUGGGAGGGAGCGGAGGGCAAGUAAACCUCCAGCAUUCCAGUGACGUAGCAGAACUACAGUCAAACUUCAACUUCCAGGAAGACUUGAUACUGUUUUUGAGUGGACCUCCGCCACAAGGGAAGGAUGAUGGGGCGGACGUCAUCCGGAAUUUCUCUGAUCUCCAUUUCUUGCCGGACAAGAAGCAAGCCGGCAGUGUCAUUUCCCCCGGAGAGGAUGGCGUUUUAAGUUGUGUGGAAGUGUCAACAGAUCUAUUCGACGAGGCAACAGACGAGGGUUGCCUAUUAACAUCCCCAUAUGGCAUACCGAUGUUGUCUCGGCCAGUCCGGGACUAUUAUCAGUGCUCUUACUCCCUCUCUCUCUUCUAA